AUGACGCCCGAUUGGGGAGUACCUCGCCCUGGACAGCCCAAGCGAGCCCGAGAGGCGGGAUGUAUGAGGGAGUUGUCUCCUCCUCCUCUGAACCUGAGGAGGUUGUACAGUGAGACUCUGGAGAUUGAACCUGUCCUCAUCAUCAUCUCCCCUGGAGCAGAUCCCUCCCAGGAACUACUGGAGCUGGCCUCAGAGACUGUAGGACGGGACAACUACCAUGAGGUGGCAAUGGGCCAGGGCCAGGCUGAUGUGGCCUUAGCCACUCUGAGAGAGUGUUCCCACAGCGGAGGCUGGCUCUGCCUUAAAAACCUUCACCUGGUGACUGCGUGGCUGCCACUGCUAGAGAAGGAGCUGAAUGUUCUGCAACCUAAGGCAGGCUUCCGUCUCUGGCUUACUGCUGAGGUCCAUCCCAAGUUCCCCCUCAUCCUGCUGCAGUCCAGCCUCAAGAUCACCUACGAGGCUCCUCCUGGUCUAAAGAAGAACUUGUUGAGGACCUAUGAGACGUGGAGCCCAGAGCAGAUCAGUAAAGGUGGUCUGCUGUCCAGAGCCCAGUCCCUCUUCUGCCUCGCGUGGUUCCACGCUGUCUGCCAGGAGAGACGUAACUACAUCCCAG